UAUUUCUGAGAAAAAAGUUGCUGCUAAAAAAGCUGUUAAGCCAAAAAAGCCUUCAGUCGCUCCUACUCAUCCACCAACUCAACAAAUGGUUGAUGCAUCAAUUAAGAAUUUAAAAGAACGUGGUGGCUCAUCACUUUUAGCUAUUAAAAAGUACAUCAGUGCUACAUACAAAUGUGAUGCUCAAAAAUUAGCACCAUUUAUCAAGCGUUAUUUGAAAUCUGCUGUUACUAGUGGUAAAUUAAUUCAAACUAAAGGAAAGGGUGCAUCUGGUUCUUUUAAAUUAUCAGUGGCUGCCAAUAAAUCAAGUAAAUCUGGUGAAGGUAAAUCGAAGUCAAAAGCGGUGAAAUCCAUUGAGAAGAAGCCCAAAAAGAAAUCGGCAGAUGGUGUGGCGUCAAAGAAGAAGGCAGCAGUUGGCGGUAAGAAAGCAAGUGGCGAAAAAAAAGUGAAGAAAACUGUUGCUAGCAAGAAAACAGCAGAGAAGAAAAAAAGUGAAAAGGCUAAAGCGAAGGAUGCAAAAAAGACUGGAUCUGUUAAAGCCAAACCAGCUAAAGCUAAAUCGACUCCAAAUAAAGCAAAGGCGUUAAAAUUACAUUAUAAGUAA